UCAAAAUACUUCUACUGUGUCGGGAUUUCCUUUAAACGCAAAUUACAGCAGAAAUUAAGUGCAUUUAAAAAAAUAAAUAUCGAAAUGAGCGACGACGAGUCUAGUGAUGGCCUGGAGGACCUGCAGGAGCUGAUGGCCAUGUAUGCCAAGCAUGAACACAAACCGCCCAAAACUAGACGGAAGUCGGGCGCGGACGAAGUGGAAUCAGCCUAUGUGGAGGUGCCCACGGAAAAGUUGAUUUUCGGCGAUAAGCAAACGUUUCUAUCGAACUUGGCCAAGUCGGUGGGCAAGAAACGCGCCAAGAGCGACAGCGAGAGUAAGGCAGCGGCAGCUGCUGACGACGAGGCGGACACAGCAGAGGAGACGGCCAAGAAACACAAACCCGCCUGGACAGACUCGGACGAUGAGGACCUAGAAGUGGGCGAGGUGAAGCGACGCACGCGACACUCGGGCCCCUUGACGCACUUGCGCAAAGACAAAUCAUACAAGGAAUAUUUGACGGCGCGCUUUCAACGCACUAUCAACCAGCCGAAGUGGGCGUCGCUGGAACAGAAGCAGGAUGCAGAUGAUUCAGAUGAAUCUGAGGAGGAACCACUGCUCAAAACCGUGGGCUUCAUUGAUCGCAAGGCCAAGGCGCAGGGCCUGCAGCCCAAAACGUUGAACUUUAAGCGCACAAAGGAUCUGAAUCGCGCCACCUACAGCGAGGGCUGCGUGUCGAGCAUCCAAUUCCAUCCGACCAGCACCGCUGCACUAGUUGCCGGCGAGAGCUGCCUGGCCAGCAUUUACAGCGUGGACGGGCAAAAGAACGAGAAGCUGCAUAGCAUGCGCUUUCAGAAGUUCCCACUGACCUGUGCCCGGAUCACGCCCUGCGGCACCAAAGCCUUCUUCGGCUCGCUGAGGCCCUUCUACUAUUCAUAUGAUCUGCUGGAGGCCAAGGAAACCAAGCUGAUGCUGCCCCGCAGCAUACGCUACUUUCGUCGCUUUGAGGUCUCGCCCUGCGGCAAAUAUAUCGCAGCGCCCGGCAAGUUUGGCGCCAUUCAUUUGCUGACCAGCCACACGAACGAGCUGCUGCACAGCUUCAAGCAGGAGGGUGUGGUGCGUGGCAUGUGCUUUACGGCCGACUCGCAGCGUUUGCUCUGCAGCAGCUCCGAGUGCAAUGUGAACGUGUUGUCGCUGCGUCAGAACUGCAUCGAGCACAGUUUCAUCGAUGAUGGCUGCGUCAGCGGCCGGGUGCUGCAGCUGUCGCCCAAUCAACGCAUGCUGGCCACCGGCAGCAACGAGGGCGUGGUCAAUGUGUACGACUACGAGAGCAUCUACAAGUCGACCGUGCCGCAGCCGGAGAAGCGUUUCAUGAAUCUGCGCACGGGCAUCACGGAUCUACUCUUCAACCACACCUCCGAGCUGCUGGCCAUGGGCUCGCGCCAGGUGCCUAAUGCGCUGAAAAUGGCGCAUUUUCCCAGCGCCACAGUCUACGCCAAUUUCCCGGGUCAGAGCGAGCAGCUGGGCCACGUGAACACCAUUGCCUUCUCGCCCAACAGCGGCUAUUUCGCACUGGGCUGCAGGGGCAAAAAGGCGCCCAUGUUUAGACUUAAGUACUUCAAGAAUUAUUAAUAGGGCGGAGGAGCGAAUGUUGA